AUGCCGGUGCGUGGCAUUGGAAAGCGUCUGGGGCUGAUCCCGAGCAGCGCACUCCGAUCACAACUCUGUAUACUGACCAGCAAUUUUCUCUCCUCCUCCAGCAGCAGCCCCUUCAAUGACCGGCCGAUGUGCAGGAUCUGCCACGAGGGCAGCAGUCAGGAAGACCUGCUUUCCCCCUGCGAAUGUACGGGGACCCUGGGGACUAUUCACCGCAGCUGCCUGGAGCACUGGCUGUCGUCUUCAAACACCAGCUACUGUGAACUCUGCCACUUCAGGUUUGCAGUGGAGCGCAAACCCAGGCCGUUGGUGGAGUGGCUGAGGAACCCCGGCCCCCAGCACGAGAAGCGGACUCUCUUUGGAGACAUGGUGUGCUUCUUGUUUAUCACUCCGCUGGCGACCAUCUCUGGCUGGUUGUGCCUACGAGGAGCGGUGGACCAUCUGCACUUUAGUAGCAGGCUAGAAGCUGUCGGCCUCAUUGCACUCACUGUCGCACUCUUCACUAUUUACCUCUUUUGGACCCUAGUAUCCUUUAGGUAUCACUGUAGAUUAUACAACGAAUGGCGUCGGACCAAUCAGAGGGUGAUACUCCUAAUCCCAAAGUCUGCCAAUGUCCCCUCCAACCAGCAGUCCCUGCUGGGCCUGCAGUCCCUCAAAAGGAACUCAAAGGAGACAAUUGUUUGAUUGGGGCAGUUCUGCACAGGGGCCAUGCACUAAAAAUGUUUUCCUCAAACUCACUGGGGUCAGGCACCAUCCAGAACCCAGGAGUGUGCUACUCUGGUUUAUAAACUCUUCGCAGAGGAAUAAAUCACUGUUUGAAUUCAAAUCAUGGAUGCUGCAAUCAUAUGAUAUUUGCUAAGCUGCCAAACUUGUUUAUUUAGCAGAUACUGUAUAGAAUUCUACAAACUCAUGUUAAUACUUGCAUCAUCAAGUGAUGCAAACUUUUUUAUUGUUUAAAAUAUUAAACUAUGAUAAUUAACAAUGCAAAACAGGUUUAACAAGUGCUUUGUUUUUAUCGUUUCCUGUUCCUGCAGUAUUAUUUCUUUAGGUAGCUGGACAAUGCUGUUUUUUCUUUCCUAAAGCACAGCAAUGGCAUUCUCCUAGUUCAAUUUAUUUGAAUGUCUUUUAUACCAAUAUUUUGGAUUAUUAAAAUUUGUGUGUACUGAGCUCUACAAAUUGGCAUAUUAUAUAAAUGCUAUAAAGUGAUUAGAAAAUUAUCUUCUCUAUUUCCUAUUUGGCAAGGAAGUUCUGACAGGAACAUUCUUCGGUAGUAAAUUUAGCGAAAGAGAAGAAAUGACACCAAUUGCAAGUCUUCCUACUCGAAAGUAUUCUAGUUUAUACCACUCAAGAAAAAAAUGAGAGCUUAUUUGAUGUAGCAUGUGCUCUAUGGGAGAAAAAGCUUAGUACACAAAACCAAAUCUGUUUGUUUCUUUAUUCUGUCUUUGGACCAGUCUAGCUGUAGUCAUGUUAUUUAACAAUAUUCUUUGUAACUGUCAAUUUCAUGGGGAUAUAAGAAUCAACUACCUAGGGGAUAUAAGAAUCAACUACCUAUAUAAAGCAAUAACAGCCUCAUUCAGACAUUAAUCUAGUUUCACAGCAAGCCAAGAUGUGUAAGAAAAUCAUGAACCUGCAGAUUUAUACUCAUUAGUCUGCCAGUAAGGUCAGGGGUUGGUCAUAUGUUUGGCAGUGGAUGCCUGCUUCUC